AUGUCUUUAUCAAAUAACGAUGAAAUUAGGAUAAGUGUUUUAAAUAUGGAUGCAUAUACUCUACCAUGUAAAAGCUAUAUUUAUAUAGAGAGGAGAGUAAAUAAACCUGCCGAUGCUGUGGGAGAUGUACGUUUUUCAAAUAAUGGAUUGGCGUUUUUAUUAUCCGAAAUGAGUUAUGAAAUAAACGGAAUAGAAAUUCAAAAAUUAAAAACACCUGGAGUUGCAUCUUGCUUGAAAGCAUAUUGUUCGUAUACUCUAAACGAUUUGAAUACGUUGGAGAACGCUGCUUGGGACUCAGCGAUGGAUGGUGAAGAUAAUAAAAACUUUAUGAGCAACAAUGUACUUACCGGGUGUAUCCCUCUAAAACAUUUAUUCGGAUUUUGUGGAGACUAUAAAAAAAUAUUACUUAAUUGUAAUCAACAGCUGAUUUUAAAUCGUGCAUCUACCAACCUGGAUGCGAUACACGUUGUAGGCGCGGGUGCAACCAAAGCAGUUUUAAAAAUAGAAAAAUUACAAUUGAACUUACUAGGGUGGUGUGGAAGAUGCCUAUUAUCAGAGUUAGUGAUAAAGAAAAAUUAA